AUGCCAGUACGCGCCUGUGCUUGUCCCAUGUCAUACCGUAAGGCUUGGACGGUAUCGCGUAUUGCCCAAGCGUCAUAUCUCAGCUUUGACCUCUACCACGACCUUCCACUAACGCAUCCAUCCGAUCUUGGUUCUGGCACACUAGGAUCUCUCUAAUACCAGUACCAAAUCCAUCUUGCCACAUCACGGCCUCUAGAUUAUAGAAACAACCACGACCGCAUUGUUACGGCCUUGAACCGCGCCGCAACCAUUCAUUCUACACACUGCAACCUGCAGUCUUUACACCUGGGAUACGAUAACUAGUGGGAAGGAGAAGUUUGUUUUGUCUUUGAACAAUCAUGGUCAGUAGAGUCGAAGCCUAUGUCUUACUAUAUCUCCAACCUCCGUUUGGGCAGGCGGUGUCUAAGAAAGCAGGAAAGAAGGUGGCAGCUACGCCGAAGAAAGGCGGAGCAGGUGCUUCCAAGGUGGCAAAGGCUGAUUGGAAGGAAGGUUUCAAGAAGAAGUCGGUCGGAGUGACCGAUAUGACCUUGUUGACCACGAUCACAAAUGAAAGUGUCAAUGAGAAUCUGCAGAAGCGGUGGCUCAAUGGAGACAUCUACACUUGGAUUGGUGGCGUGUUGAUAUCUGUGAAUCCAUUCCGAGACUUGGGCAUCUAUACCGAGGACGUUCUCCAACGAUACAAGGGCAAGAAUCGGCUGGAGGUCCCUCCUCACGUUUUCAGUAUCGCAGAGUCGGCGUACUACAACAUGAACGCGUAUCACGAGAACCAGUGCGUUAUAAUCUCUGGCGAAUCUGGUGCAGGCAAGACAGAAGCUGCAAAGCGGAUUAUGCAGUACAUCGCUGCGGUCUCUGGUGGGCAGGACAGCAGUAUCCAAGAAAUCAAGGACAUGGUACUCGCUACAAAUCCUCUCCUUGAGAGUUUCGGUUGUGCCAAAACCCUACGGAACAACAACUCUAGUCGACAUGGUAAAUACCUGGAGAUCAUGUUUAACCAGCAGGGGGAACCGAUCGGUGCUCAGAUUACGAACUAUCUGUUGGAGAAAGGCCGAGUGGUAGGGCAGGUGGAAAAUGAGCGUAAUUUCCAUAUUUUCUAUCAGUUCACGAAGGCCGCUCCUCAAGAAAUGCGAGAGGCCUACGGCAUCCAGACCCCCGAUGCCUAUGCUUACACAAGCGUGAGCAACUGUCUCGAGGUAUCUGGUAUCGACGAUAGUCAAGAUUUCAAUGAGACGAUCAAAGCCAUGCAAGUCAUCGGUCUUACUGACUACGAACAGAGUGAAAUAUUCCGCAUGCUUGCUGCAGUUCUCUGGGUCGGAAACGUCCAAUUCGUCGAGGACGAUAGUGGGAACUCACAGAUUUCGGAUACGAGUGUCACGGACUUCGUGGGAUACCUCAUGGAGGUCGAGCCUGCCCUCGUUCAGAAAGCGCUCACAAUACGCAUCAUGGAGACGCAACGAGGUGGGAGGCGUGGAUCAAUAUAUGACGUCCCUCAGAAUCCCUCACAAGCUAGCUCCAUCCGAGACGCAUUGGCGAAGGCGAUCUACAAUAACUUGUUCGAGUGGAUUGUCUCUAAGAUCAACGUGUCGAUGAAGCCCCGGUCUGCGACUGCCCAGCUGAUUGGCAUUCUCGAUAUCUUCGGCUUCGAAAUCUUUGAGGACAAUUCCUUCGAACAACUUUGUAUCAAUUAUGUCAACGAGAAGUUGCAGCAGAUCUUCAUUGAGCUCACAUUGAAGACUGAGCAGGAGGAGUAUGUCCGCGAACAGAUCAAGUGGAAUCCAAUCAAGUACUUCAACAACAAGAUUGUAUGUGACCUGAUCGAGGAACGUCGUCCUCCAGGCAUCUUCGCCGCAUUGAACGAUGCAUGUGCUACGGCUCAUGCUGACCCGACCGCAGCCGAUAACAGUUUCAUUCAGCGGAUGUCCUCCCUAUCGUCGAACCCACAUUUUGAGUCUCGUGGUACUCAAUUCCUCGUAAGGCACUAUGCUGGUGAUGUCAUGUACAAUGUUUCUGGCAUGACGGACAAGAACAAGGACAUUCUCGCUAAAGAUCUUCUGGAUUUGAUCGGCACAAGCUCCAAUCAGUUCCUGCAAGGGCUGUUCCCCGAUCGUCCAGACCCGAACAGUAAGAAGAGGCCACCAACCGCUGGUGACAAAAUCAAGGCAUCUGCUCAAGCCCUGGUGGAGAACCUCAUGAAAGCUCAGCCCUCAUACAUUCGCACCAUCAAGCCGAACCAGAACCGAAGUGCUACAGAGUACGAUACGAAGGCGGUCCUGCAUCAGAUCAAGUACCUGGGUCUUCAAGAGAACAUUCGUGUUCGACGUGCGGGUUUCGCGUACCGAAAUACCUUUGAGAAGAUGGUUGAACGAUUCUAUUUGCUUUCUCCCUCCACGUCCUACGCGGGAGAAUAUACAUGGCAAGGAGAUACCAAGUCAGGAUGUGAGAAGAUCCUGACCGACACUGGCAUAUCUAAGGAUGAAUGGCAAAUGGGCACCACGAAGGCUUUCAUCAAGAAUCCAGAAACCCUGUUCGCUUUGGAAACUAUGCGAGAUAAAUACUGGCACAACAUGGCUGGUCGAAUUCAACGUGCUUGGCGUAACUACAUGAGGUACAAACAUGAAUGUGCUCGCCGUAUUCAACGGUUCUGGAAGAACAACAAGGAAGGUCUUGAAUACGCCAAGAUUCGUGACUAUGGCCACCAGGUCCUUGCAGGCAGGAAGGAACGACGACGGUUCAGCUUGGUCAGUUACCGUCGCUUUAUGGGUGAUUACCUCGAUAUCAAUGGCAAGAGUGCACUUGGCGAGGAACUGUCUUCUGCAUGUGGAAUCUCCGAGCAAGUGACUUUCAGCUCAAGGAUUCAAGUUCUUGUCUCGAAACUCGGUCGGGCGAGUAAACCAAGUCCACGUUACCUCGUCGUAACUCAGAAGGCGCUCUUUAUUGUUAUCGCCCAUGCAAAGGAUGGGCAGACAAUCUUUGCAGCAGAGCGGAAGAUAUCUCUGAGCGGUAUCAAGAGCGUUUCAUUGUCCAAUUUACAAGAUGACUGGCUGGCUUUGAACCUUGGGCCUACUGAAGAGGGCGAUCCAUUCAUCAAUUGCGUCUUCAAGACAGAGCUUGUCACUCACCUUCUGCAAGUGACACGUGCGAGCAUCAACGUGCUUAUAGGUCCUAUCGUGGAAUAUACAAAGAAGAAGGAGAAGAAGCAAACCGUCAAGUUCCUCAAGGACGAAACCGCGUCGAAAGAAGGGCACUAUAAGAGUCACGCAGUUCAUGUUCCUUCUGGCGAGCCCCCAAGUAGUCUUUCGCGACCUCCUGCAAAGCGAAAGGAGGGUGUCGUCAGGCCUAUCACUCAAGGCAAACUGCUACGCAAGGGUGGUCCUUCUGACAAACCCGCGGCUUCGAGAGCUAGACCGAAGCCGGCCGCUCAGCCGUUACCUGGCAGAUCUUCGAUAGCCCAACCGGUCAAACCUGCGGCAGCAAGGACUUCCGUGUCAUCAGCUGCACCCCGUGCUCCACCACCGCCUCCAGGUCGAACGGUCGCUCCUCCACCGCCACCUCCUCCCCCGGAAGAACCUGAUGUUGAACGAUACAAGGCCAAGUUUGCGUUCGAUGGGCAGGAGGGUGAGAUGACGCUGAAGAAAGAUGAUAUCGUUGAGCUUGUCGAGAAGGAUGACAAUGGUUGGUGGCUAGUGAAGAAGAGUGGCGUCGAAGGGUGGGCUCCAAGCAACUAUCUGGAGCUAGUACCCCAUAAACCCAAGGCCGCUGCCGCUCCUCCGCCACCUCCUCCGCCACCGCCCGCUGCCCCUCGCUCGGUCCCUGCAGCACCACACGCACCAGCCGCGGCCAGGAUUGUCCCCAAAUCAGUGGCUGCCGACCCUUCUGCGAUGCCUAUGGCAGUCUUUCCGGGGAUGGCGCCGUCCAAUGGUUCUGCCGCGCCAUGGAAGAAACUCCACGCGGCCACCCAAGAUCAUACGCCUGCGAGUUCAAGACCAAGCAGCUCUUUGGCGGGCAAACCUCCUCCGCCACCUGUUGCUUCUAAACCCAAACCUUCACCUCCCGUUGCAAGUAAGCCGGGGGCCCCGAGAGCACCGGGCAAGCCACAUGUACCGACGGCCCCUAGGCCAGGCGUUGCGAAGCCACCAACGAAAGUGGGAGGCGCUCCAAAGCCUGCUGUCGGUGGACAAUUGGACCUCGCGGCUGCGUUGGCGAGACGGGCGCAAAAGCUAGCUGAAAAUGAAUAACCUACUACAAUGUCUCCUGGAUGCUUCCCAAAUGUGUAUAUGCAUAGUUGGACUAUCUCACGUGGAAUAGAAGAAUAUUAUACCUUGUUCUAGGAGCGCAUAUGGCUCAUUUGGAACGGGCUUAGGAAGUGGAGGUUUCUCAUUAAUCACUUUUGGAAACUGUGUUUCCAAAUGCGACCUCGCAGGACCAAAUAAGGCAACGGCGGCGAAUGAUUUCUAUCAGGGCUUCAAGCAUGAACGUAUGCGGCAACCCUGCGUCGCUCUCCAUGAUAGCGGCAAGCCGAGGGAUAAUUCCCAUUGUGAUCCUGAGGUAUAUGAGUGGAAAAAAUAUUGCAUGGGUAUGUAUAUACUGUAUCAGAGUCUGUGAUGUACAGUGAGGUAUAACAUAUUGAGGAUGCCACCGCUUCCGGAGUCGUGAGCAUAAUGAUGUAAAGAGUCAAACAAAUGCAACGAGAUGUGGUGUGUGAAUGAACAUGAAGAAUUAUUGCCUCCUCUUCCUGAGUUCCUUGUUCUCCUCCCUAAAAUUGUCGUAUCCUGUAUCAUAGUUCUAUGGGUGCGUAACCGUGAUCGGGGGUAUAGGUGCAGAAGGUAUAUCAUCCGUGUCAGGUUCCAGUAACGUUGCUUCCACUUCGUCCUCACUGCCAAGCCCGUCGUCAUCAUCCGGUACGGCUAUUCGUGACGGACUGAGCGGUCUUGAUGUUAGCGAUGCAUGAUCCACGUCGAGAUGCGUCUGGUCAUCCACAUCGUCGCGUGAUAUGAUAGAAUGGGUUUCAGGAUCGUCUCCACGCCAUGUUCUUGCUUCCACUUCAUGCAACACUUUGGCGCCGCCCUUCCCGCUAGCUGCUAAAUCAUCGGGCGUUGUCUCCAGGGCUCU